CCGCAGACAUGGGCUGCUUCUGCGCGGUGCCCGAGGAAUUCUACUGCGAAGUUUUGCUCCUGGACGAGUCCAAGUUAACCCUCACCACCCAGCAGCAGGGCAUCAAGAAGUCCACUAAAGGUGCCAUUGUCCUUGACCACGUAUUCCGUCACACAAACCUGGUGGAGAUAGAUUAUUUUGGGCUGCGUUACUGUGACAGAAGCCAUCAGACGUACUGGCUGGAUCCUGCAAAAACCCUUGCUGAACACAAAGAACUGAUAAACACUGGACCUCCAUAUACUUUGUAUUUUGGUAUUAAAUUUUAUGCAGAAGAUCCAUGCAAACUUAAAGAAGAAAUAACCAGGUAUCAGUUUUUCUUGCAGGUGAAGCAGGAUGUCCUUCAGGGCCGGUUGCCCUGCCCCAUCAACAUCGCUGCUCAGCUGGGAGCAUAUGCCAUCCAGUCUGAGCUUGGAGACUAUGACCCCUAUAAACAUACUACGGGCUACGUGUCAGAGUACCGUUUUGUUCCUGAUCAGAAGGAAGAACUUGAAGAAGCCAUCGAAAGGAUUCAUAAAACUCUGAUGGGCCAGACUCCUUCUGAAGCUGAGCUGAACUACCUGAGGACGGUCAGGUCCUUGGAGAUGUAUGGUGCUGACCUUCAUCCCGUUUAUGGAGAAAACAAGUCUGAGUAUUUCUUAGGAUUAACUCCGCUUGGUGUUGUUGUCUACAAGAAUAAAAAACAAGUCGGGAAGUAUUUCUGGCCUCGGAUUACAAAGGUUCACUUCAAGGAGACUCAAUUUGAACUCAGAGUCCUGGGGAAAGAUAUGCAGUGAGGUCAAUAGUUGUACCCUUGAUGGCUGCUUGCAAGUUUUUAAGAUGCCAGAUAC